GUUGAUGGGAAUAUCAGCAAGAUUUAUUGCCAAAACCUUUGCUUGCUAGCAAAGCUCUUUCUUGACCACAAAACUUUAUAUUAUGACGUUGAGCCAUUCCUUUUCUAUGUCCUCACAAAGAAUGAUGAAAAAGGGUGCCACUUGGUGGGAUACUUCUCUAAGGAGAAGCUCUGCCAACAGAAGUAUAAUGUUUCCUGCAUCAUGAUCAUGCCCCAGUACCAAAGGCAAGGAUUUGGAAGGUUCCUCAUCGAUUUCAGUUACCUACUUUCUCGAAGAGAGGGCCAGGCGGGGUCACCUGAAAAGCCACUGUCUGAUCUUGGCCGUGUCUCGUACUUGGCUUAUUGGAAAAGUGUCAUAUUGGAAUAUCUUUACUGCCACCAUGAGAAGCAGAUCAGCAUCAAGGGGAUGAGCCGAGCCACUGGGAUGUGUCCCCAUGACAUUGCUACCACCCUCCAGCACCACAGCAUGAUUGACAGGCGAGAAGAAAAAUUUAUGGUAAUUAGAAGAGAGAAAUUGAUCUCCCGUCACAUGGAGAAACUGAAAAGCAAUCCACGCAUCAAUGAAGUAGACCCAGAAAGCUUGAGGUGGACACCUCUUUUGGUUCCAAAUGCAGCGGUUUCUGAGGAAGAGAGAGAAGCUGAAAAAGAGGCUGAGCGAUUGAUGGAGCAGGCAAGUUGCUGGGAGAAAGAAGAGCAAGAACUGUACUCCACAAGAAGUAGUAGGCAAUUGCCUGGAAAAGCGCAGUCUAAAAGCAAGUAUUUGCGACCUCAAGAAAAUGUAACCGUAGUAAUGGAGAGAGAUAAGUCCACAGACCUACCAAAAGAAAGCAGUGGAGAGGAGGAGGAAGAGGAAGAGGAAGAAGAGGAGGAAGAGGAAGAGGAAAAGGAAGAAGAGGAGGAGGAGAUGGAUGGACAUCAUCAGAAUUCUCCUCCAAGGCUGGCAAAACCCCAGUUGCUUGCUAUGAAGAGAAAGGUCAAGGAGGAAGAGGAAGAGGAAAAGGAAGAAGAGGAGGAGGAGAUGGAUGGACAUCAUCAGAAUUCUCCUCCAAGGCUGGCAAAACCCCAGUUGCUUGCUAUGAAGAGAAAGAGACCUUUCAUACUGAAAAAGAAAAGGGGUCGUAAACGCCGAAAGAUUAACAGCAGUGUUACAACAGAGACAAUUUCUGAAACCACCGAAGUUUUAAGUGAACCCUUUAAUAACUCAGAAGAAGAGCAGCCCAUGACACAGCUGGAGUCAACUUGUGAGACAGAUGGAGAAAAUGACAGAGUGAAAGCUAGUGUUCAAACAAUGUUCCAGCAUCAGUCUGGGGAAGAGGAAGGAAAUGAACCGGAUGAAGAGGAGCAGGAGAAAGACAAUCAGUGUUACCGGAAUGAUAGUCCAUGCAGAG